AUGUUUACCUCCGCGCGGAUGAGCAUGCCCUCAGCGCGGCGCUUUACGCCUCACUCACGCUUCAAUCUUGCAAGGACUACAAUACAAGUCCGAGGCAAGGCCACAGCUCCUUUCCGUCUCCCGGACCCGCGAAACGAACCCAACCCUACAUACAAGCGAGGCUCUGAGGAGCGCAACAAGCUCGAGAAAGCUUUGGUCAAGCUUCGGUCUCAAUUGCCCGUCCAGAGCAACAUCGUCUACGACGGAGUCGCUCAAAAGAGCGCAGAGUCCUGGGACCAGCCCUUACCUGCCGAGCAUGGCACCGUCUUCACCAACUACCCUCUCGCAACCAAGGAGCAGACAAAGGCCGCAAUUGAAUCGGCCCUCAAGGCAAAAAGAGAAUGGGAGGAGACUCCGUUCGUUGACCGGGCUGCGAUUUUCCUCAAGGCUGCUGAGCUGGUCACUGGACCCUACCGCUACGAUCUGAUCGCGGCAACCAUGCUAGGACAGGGCAAGAACAUCUGGCAGGGAGAGAUCGAUGCUGCAGCUGAACUGGCGGACUUCUUCCGUUUGAACUGCAACUUUGCCGCUGAGAUCCUUGAGAGACAGCCUACUCGUGGCAGCGAUGGAAUGUGGAGUCGCCUGGACUAUCGACCUCUCGAAGGUUUCGUCUACGCCAUCUCUCCCUUCAACUUCACUGCCAUUGGUGGAAACUUGAUAUCCGGUCCUGCUCUGAUGGGCAACGUGGUGGUGUGGAAGCCUUCACCGUCCAAUGUUUACGCUAGCAGCCUCGUCUACAAGAUCCUGUUGGAGGCCGGUCUGCCUCCAAAUGUGGUGCAGUUUGUGACCGGAGACCCUGAAACCAUCACCGACGUUGCUCUCUCCCAUCGCGAUUUCGCCGGGCUGAACUUCAUCGGUUCCUCCGACGUCUUCCGCUCCCUGUACGGUAAAAUCGGUGAGGGAAUUGCUAAGAAAUCCUACCGUGAAUUCCCUCGCGUGGUUGCCGAGACCAGCGGCAAGAAUUUCCACCUCGUUCACCCUUCUGCCGACAUCCCCAGCGCCGUCAGUCACACUAUCCGUGGCUCAUUCGAGUACCAGGGCCAGAAGUGCUCUGCCACUUCGCGUCUGUAUCUCCCCGAGUCUCGCGCUGAAGAGUUUUUCAGUGCUUUGAAGGCUGGUGUCGAGGAUAUCACCAUGGGUAACCCCGAAAAGGACCUUGAGGUUUUCAUGGGUCCUGUUAUCCACCGUCGGUCAUUCGAUAAGAUCAAGUCUGUCAUUGACAGCUGCAACAAGGACCCGUCUGUGAAACUCAUUGCUGGUGGCUCCUAUGAUGAUUCCGUUGGUUUCUACGUGAGCCCUACUGUUUACCAGGUGGACACGCCAGACCACAAGCUUUUUAACGAGGAGAUCUUCGGUCCCGUACUAGCUGUGUACGUCUAUCCCGAUUCCGAGUGGACUUGCACUCUGAAGAAAGUGGAUGAGACGGGAGGUGGCUUUGCCUUGACCGGUGCCGUCUUCGCCCAGGACCGCCGUGCAAUCCGCCAGGCUGAAGAUGCCCUUCGUUACUCUGCAGGAAAUUUCUACAUCAACUGCAAAACCACGGCUGCACUCAUCGGGCAGCAAUCCUUCGGUGGUUCUCGCUCCAGUGGAACUAAUGAUAAAGCCGGCAGCUCGGACACCCUCCGCCGGUUUACCAGCCCUCGCUUGAUCAAGGAAGAGUUCAUGCCUCAGUACGGCUACAAAUACCCCAGUAACCACUAG